AUGAAUAACGCAGCAGAAAUCCUAAAGUCAGUCCAGAUUGGUUUGGAUGUCGCCAUAUUUCUUCUCAACACUGAUCGUGGCCUACAAGCGACCGAGUUAUGUAAUGAAUGUUUAUUUCUACUACACAAACUUGACUCUGGUAUUGACCUUGAUCUUGAUAUCUCUGAUGUAUUAUUCAGUGUGUUCUACGCCACCUCCGGUUACACAAAUGCAACACGAUACACCACAAAACUUAUUGACAAGUUUGUCCUCGCUGGAGAACUAACCAUACAACUGGGAGACAAAUACAAGGCAAAAUGUUGGUUUGCAGAGGCAAAGCAACUUUGUAAAAGCGCUCUUACCAUCAUGAAAGCGAUUGGCCACCGUAGAAAAGAGGUAGUGGCUUACGAGAGACUUGGAUCUCUUUGUUUUAUCCUCAGCGAGUAUCUAAAGGCGAAAGAAUAUUGUGAGAAAGCAAUUGCCAUCGCGAUAGAAAUCGGCGACAGAAAUGGAGAAGGAGCAACAUACGGGAACCUCGGAGCUGUGUUUCAAUCCCUUGGCGAAUAUCAGAAGGCCAAAGAAUAUUACGAGAAAGCAAUUUCCAUCGCGAUAGAAAUCGGCGACAGAAAUGGAGAAGGAAGAACAUACGGGAACCUCGGAGCUGUGUUUCAAUCCCUUGGCGAAUAUCAGAAGGCCAAAGAAUAUUACGAGAAUGCAAUUGCCAUCGCGAUAGAAAUCGGCGACAGAAAUGGAGAAGGAACAACAUACGGGAACCUCGGAGCUGUGUUUCAAUCCCUUGGCGAAUAUCAGAAGGCCAAAGAAUAUUACGAGAAAGCAAUUGCCAUCGCGAUAGAAAUCGGCGACAGAAAUGGAGAAGGAACAACAUACGGGAACCUCGGAGCUGUGUUUCAAUCCCUUGGCGAAUAUCAGAAGGCCAAAAAUAUAACGAGAAUGCAAUUGCCAUCGCGAUAGAAAUCGGCGACAGAAAUGGAGAAGGAAGAAGAUACGGGAACCUCGGAGCUGUGUUUAAAUCCCUUGGCGAAUAUCAGAAGGCCAAAGAAUAUUACGAGAAAGCAAUUGCCAUCGCGAUAGAAAUCGGCGACAGAAAUGGAGAAGGAACAACAUACGGGAACCUCGGAGUUGUGUUUCAAUUCCUUGGCGAAUAUCAGAAGGCCAAAGAAUAUUACGAGAAUGCAAUUGCCAUCGCGAUAGAAAUCGGCGACAGAAAUGGAGAAGGAAGAACAUACGGGAACCUCGGAGCUGUGUUUCAAGGCCAAAAGAAUAUUACGAGAAUGCAAUUGCCAGCGAAUAUCAGAAGGCCAAAGAAUAUUACGAGAAAGCAAUUGCCAUUGCGAUAGAAAUCGGCGACAGAAAUGGAGAAGGAAUAAGGUACGGGAGCCUCGGAGCUGUGUUUCAAUCCCUUGGCGAAUAUCAGAAGGCCAAAGAAUAUUAUGAGAAAGCAAUUGCCAUCGUGAUAGAAAUCGGCGACAGAGAUGGAGAAGGAAGAACAUACGGGAACCUCGGAGUUUUGUUUCAAUCCCUUGGCGAAUAUCAGAAGGCCAAAGAAUAUUAUGAGAAAGCAAGUGCCAUCAUGAUAGAAAUCGGCGACAGAAAUGGAGAAGCAGCAAUAUACAGGAACCUCGGUGCUGUGUUUGAAUCCCUUGGUAAAUAUCAGAAGGCCAAUGAAUAUCACAAGAAAGCACUUGCCAUCGCGAUAGAAAUCGGCGACAGAAAUGUAAAAGGAACAACAUACGGGAACCUCGGAGCUGUGUUUCAAUCCCUUGGCGAAUAUCAGAAGGCCAAAGAAUAUCACGAGAAAGCAAUUGCCAUUGCGAUAGAAAUUGGCGACAGAGAUGGAGAAGGAAGAACAUACAGGAACCUCGGAGCUGUGUUUGAAUCCCUUGGCGAAUAUCAGAAGGCCAAAGAAUAUCACGAGAAAGCAAUUGCCAUCGCGAUAGAAAUAGGAGACAGAGGAAAGGAAUGUUCAGGAUACUUAGCCCUUGGAAACGUUUACUGCAGGCUAAGGAAAUAUCGUCAAGCUAAAGAAUAUUUCGACAAAGCACUCAGCAUCAGUACAGCAAUUGGAAAAAGAAGAGAUGAAGGAUGCGCUUCCAUAGGUUUGGCAGAAGUGUUCGCUUUUAUCAAUGACAAUCAGAAAGCAAAAGAACAUUCUCAGAAGGCGCUCACCAUCAGCAAGGAAUGUGGCCAUAAAGCUCUGGAAGGAAAAAGUUACCUCAACCUAGGAGAUCUAUGUAGAUCGCUUGGUGAAUGCGACGAGGCAGAAGAUUACUUAGAGAAGGCUCGCUCCAUAAGCAGUAGAAUUGGAGAAAUACUGACUGAGUUUAAAAGCCUUCUCAGCAUCUCACAGUUAAAGGUAUCGCAAUCAAAGGUUGUGGAGGCAAAGGAACAUCUCCUUCAAUGUAUUGGAAAAUAUGAACAAUUGAGGAGUUUUCUGGGAGGAAACAAAGAAUUUGAAAUAUCCCUGUUGGAGGCGCACGGUACUUUUCCCUAUCACUUGCUCACUGUGAUGCUUUGCGGGGCUAGCAAAUUUCAAGACGCUCUUUAUGUGGAGGAGCUGGGACGAGCGAGAGUCCUCGUAGAAUCCAUGGCUGAGAAGUUCUCCGUUGAAAGCCACAUCUCAGCUGAUCCACAAUCAUGGUUCGGGAUUGAAAACAUCGUGAAAAAGGAGAUUAACUGUGUCUUUUUGUACAUUUCGUAUCUUGAGCGACAGGUUUGUCUCUGGGUUUUGAAAGCAAAUGGAGACAUUUCCUUUCGAGUCACCGACCAAGUGAAAGACAGCACUCUCAUUCCUGAGAAAGUUUGCAACGUGGAGGGAAUUUUCAAAAAGAGCGCCGCCAGCUUUGGCGUUUUAUUCACAGCGAAUUGCGAAGAUCGAUCUUUGGAUGGCAACUUAACGACAUCUCUUUUUGAAGAGAGCCGAGCAACUUUGCGCGGUGACGAAAGCAAAGAAACCGAAAGAAUUCAUCAUUUGUGUUACAAAUGGAUCAUCGCUCCUGUGGUAGAUUUACUUACAGAGCCUGAAAUCAUCAUUGUGCCGUAUCGUUUCUCUUAUCGAGUCCCAUUUGCUGCCUUGCGUGAUGGAGCAGCCGGAAAGUAUCUAUCAGAGACAUACAGAAUCCGUAUCGUCCCUUCUCUGACGACCCUCCGGCUCAUUCAAGAUUGUCCAGCGGAUUAUCACAGUGAAACUGGUGCACUUGUAGUGGGUGAUCCUACGGUUGGCCAGGUGUAUUACAAUGGACGUGUCGCUAACUUUGUACCAUUGUCUUGUGCUAGAGAGGAAGCAGAGAUGGUUGGUCGACUGUUGGGAGUUCAGCCUUUGUUAGGAGAGUCUGCAACUAAGCAGGCAGUGCUUCAAGCGAUACCUUCAGUGAGUCUCAUACAUGUUGCCGCACAUGGAAAUGCCGAAAGAGGAGAGAUUGCCCUUUCGCCUAAAUGUCCUAAAUGUACCACCAACAGUUUUCCACAAGAAGAAGACUACCUCUUGACAAUGUCCGACAUUUUCGGAGCUCAAGUGCGAGCAAAACUGGUUGUAUUGAGCUGUUGUCAUAGUGCGCGUGGAUUGGUCAAAGCCGAAGGAGUUCUUGGAAUCGCUCGUGCAUUCUUAGCAUCCGGUGCACGUUCAGUGUUGGUAGCAUCGUGGGCCAUAGAAGACGAAGCAACGGAGCAGCUCAUGAAUCAUUUCUACAAGCACCUUGUUCGUGGAGAAAGUGCCAGUGAAUCUCUUCACCAGGCCGUAAAAUGGUUGAGAAGCAACGGCUUUCCCAAACCCAAUCAGUGGGCUCCAUUUGUACUGAUGGGAGACAACGUGACAUUUGAUUUUAAGUACAUUGGGUAG